CAUGGGGAAGUGUUCUAUCUUUAUGGACUAGAUGAGUCAUACAGGCGCUUGAGGAGAAUUUGUAGGUUUUACAAAAAAUGUUCCCUCAUUUCAGCUGUCUACGUGACAAAAGAUUACAUAAUUGUCGGUUGACUGGCCGGGUCUAAAAGGUUUUCUCGGCAAAUCGAAAGUUAGACAAACAGAAGAGAGGAGCCAUGGAGAUGCAGGAGAUCGCCAAAGAGGUGGAACAAGGCGAAACAGAUGAAGGAGCAAGUGAAUCGAUGGUGGAAGUCAGAACUGAAGAGAAAGCAGAAACAGACCUCUACUCUGAACUACAGAGUCCAUCUGAGGACAUAUAUUCGGAAGCUCUGCUUGUUGACCGUCUGGCUACAACAAGAUCAGGCAAAAAGACUGUGACUAACACCCGUCUGUACCGGGCUGCGUGUUUGUUUCUCACCAUAAUCUGUCUGGUCCUGCUGCUGGUCGUGAUUAUCCUCAGUGUGAAACUCCAAACCACAACAGGAGAAACUGCAGCAGUGGGCAGGCAGGGGGCUCCGCUUGCUCCAAGGUGCAGCCAUGACGAGUGCCUGGAUCUAUUCCCCAUCACCCAACACCAACGUUGUGCCUGUCAGCAGUGCGCUAAAGGGUGGCUGCCUUUUGGCCGGUCAUGUUUUUUCCUGUCCACCUACCGGCUUAGCUGGGACGAGAGCCAAAGGAACUGCACCGCCAAUGGAGGAGCUCUGGCUGUUGUUUCCAACCGGAGAGUUCAGAAUUUUCUGACUGAGAAAGGGAAAAUGAUGUACUGGAUCGGGCUUAGGCAAAAAGGAGCCGAAUGGACCUGGGUCGACAAAACUGUGCUGAGCCAGAGUUACUGGAAGGAAGGUCCAUCAGACGGGGAUUGUGGGAUCCUCAGCAAUGACAAACCUGAGAAAAACUGGAUCAAAGAUUCCUGCGAUUCCGUCAGCUACUUCAUCUGUCAGCUGCAGCUCUGAGAGCAUCUGUCUCCUCAACAAAUCAAUGAGCAGAUUAAUCCUCUGCCAUCAAUUCCUCCAUAACAUUUUAGAUCAUACAUCUGUCUUUCCAUUUUAAUCAUAUGCAGCAGAGAAAGAUAAUGGAGCUUUUUAGAUGAUAUAUUAUAUUUAAUGCUUGAAGAGUUGUUUUUCAUAUUAUGUUAUCUAUAUCUAUAGACAAUUUCCAUAAAUUAGGGCCAGUGCGUUUGAUUUAACAAUGUUUUAUUCUCAAACUUUAAUGCAGCUACACAAUAAGUUCAAUGUCUAUGUUUCACUUUAUUUUAGCUUAGAAAACAUUACUGCUACUUGUGUUUUAUAUGGCUACAAAAAUAACACACACUUUUUUUUAGCAUAAUACUGCAGGAAUAAUUGCACCGUUGAAUACAUACAUCUGUUGAGUCUU